ACAGUGUCGGUAGAGAGAUAUACAGAAUAAACGUGCAGUAAAUAUUAGAGCUCCGUCAAUAUUAUAUUACAAAGUUUAUGAAGUCGUAAUAUAGACACAUUUAAAAUAAGGUUCCACGAAAUUGUGGGAGUACUAUUACGGGAAGAUAUCAAUGCAAAAUAAAGAAGUGUACAGAAGAAAAUUAAGCGCUUACAAUUUCUAGAGAACCAAACCAUGGUAAUAUUGAGGUUAUUCUUAGUCUAUUUGGCCGUGAACUUUGUGGACCUCGUUGGAGAAAAGGCAUUCCAGGCAUGUCAACAAUACGGUCAAACCAUGUUGGAGUGCCACAACAUUCUAUACCCCUCAGCUAGAGUGAGAAUUCCAAUUGACAUUCUCUUAUACCCACACAUGGUCCUCAUUGGGUUUAGAAAGGAAAUUCAAGACGCACCAGUCUGGAAAUGUGGUGGAACUUUGAUCAGCAACACUUGGGUUCUAACAGCAGCUCACUGUGCUGAGGACCCGCAUGAAGGACCCGCCAGUGUAUUAAGAGUUGGUACAGCGACCUUCGAAUUUGAUGAAGUGGAUGAACUCGCCCAAGAACGAACCGUACUUAAGGUUAUCUCCCAUCCACAAUACGAACCGCCUUCGAAAUAUAAUGAUAUAGCGCUAAUGAAGGCUAAUCCUCCCUUCCUAUUAACAAGAGAUAUUAGAAUAGCAUGCCUCCCAUCUGAUGAUAAGGAGAAUUAUAAAAGUUUGACUGCAACAGGAUUUGGCGUCACUUAUUCUGGUGCGAUGAAAGGCAGCGAGACUCUCAUGAGUGUGGAUGUAAGUAUAGUCAACCGGAGUUUCUGUAACCAAUCGAUGAAAUACUUGAUCAAGAGGAAGAUUUUGGCUCGUGGGAUAAUCGAAACUCAAUUAUGCGCUGGUGAUUUUGAGCACGGCGGUAAAGAUACGUGCCAGGGUGAUUCGGGCGGCCCUCUCCAAGUAAUGGAAGACGGAGUGGACUGUAUUCACACGUUCCCUCUGCACACGGUCGUAGGAGUGACGUCUUUCGGACGGGAUUGCGGAAGAAAACUGUCUCCGGGAAUUUAUACUAAAGUAUCUGAAUACGUCGAAUGGAUUGAAGGCGUCGUUUGGCCGUGAAGUCAAUGUAGAGCGUGCGUUGUAACGAAUCGAUCUGUAGUGUGAAGUAACGCCGCUACGUUUAUCGAUAGCUUUAGUGUUAAUUACAUAUUAUUAUGUGUUUGAAAAGAGUGUUUAAAAUGAAUAUUUUCUUAAUGUUAAAAAUAUUACAAUUUAUAAAUAUAUUUAUGUAUAUACAUAGAUAUAGUA